AUGGAAGAAUACGAUUUGAAGACUACUGCCUCUAUCUCACCCUCCACCUCCUCGCUGGCCACGGUCGAUACGUCGUCGGUUUCUUCACAUCGUCCGCCGCAGCGGCGACCUCUUGCAUCGCAGCGAACUUCGAUGUCGGCAUCACGACGACAACGCAAAGGCUCGCUUGGACACCCCGCUGCACCACCAAUGGCCUAUAACAGUGCUAAACCGGAUGAGGCAGAGGAAGGAGUGGAUGAUGAACUUCUCCAACGACCUCCCACUCCUGAUCUCCGUCGCAUUGAUUUAGACCUCUCAGACCUCUCAGACGGGCUUCGCGUCUUACUCAUUGAGGAUACACAUCUGCGAGCCGGCACGCUUUACCUUGGUAGGUAUCAACACAUCCUGUAUACCGCUCUGGCUUACCCAUUGCUAUCCUAG